GCACAUCUGACAAUUGACAACUGACAACUGACGGGACGGGACCCCGGGCUUAGUGCUGGGCUUCUAUACAUCGUGGGAAGUGGAACGUCUGUCGCGGCUGUUGGGGUAUAUGCGACUACCAAAUAAACAGCACAAAAAAAAAAAAAAAAAAAAAAAAAAAACUGGGCAGGCUGCACUCUUUCUCUCUCUCUCUCUCUCUCUCCCCCGAUUUCCCGCCUAUCUUUCUCGCUACUACUCAGUACUACGGAGGCCCUCCGGACGCCAUCUGGUGGAGCCCCGAAGCCCGCCAGCCGUUUCAGCAUCCCGUCGAUCCUUGGCUGACGUGGGCUGCACAGUAGUGCCAGUACAGCUGCAGACAGCUACAGACUAACAGCGCCGCCGUCAAAAAAAAAGCUGUGACCACUCAACCAGGGGUAGCACCACAUCGUGCAGCCUUCGUUGCCUUCUCGGUG